AAUAAUUGAGGGAAGACCUCUCUUCCUAUUUCACUAUUUCCUAUUUCACUAGCCUCAGAUUACCUCUCUUCCUCUUUAAUUUCAUGGAGUUUGCCAGCAGCAUUGCAGAGAACGUCUUGGAUAGGCUAGCUUCACAUGCUUCCCAAGAGAUCUCCUUGGCAUGGGGUGCUCAACUUGAGCUCACCAAGCUCGACAACACCUUAUCUACCAUCAAACUAGUGCUCGAGGAUGCAGAGAAGAAGCAAGUGAGAAAUCCCCUAAUCACUCGUUGGUUGGGAAAUCUCAAAGAUGUUUGCCAUGACGUUGAUGAUGUCUUGGACAAACUAGACUUCCAAAAGUUGCGGUUGAAAGUGGAGGUCGACAACUGUGGGAAGAUCAAAGGAAAGGUACGCCAAUUUUUUUCCCGUUGGAAUCCAGUACUGUUUAACUUCAGAAUGGGACAUAAAGUGAAAGAGAUUAGAGAAAGACUGGUUGAAAUUGAUAAUGAAAAGAGAGAGUUUGGUCUAAUUGAGGUUGAUAAGAUAGUUGAAGAUCAUCAUGCGCCCCAAGGGAUGCACGAUAAUGAAAGAGAGACUGACUCUUUACUGGAGGCUACAGAUGUUAUUGGGAGAGAUAAUGAUAAAAAACAGAUUAUUAGCCAUCUCUUAAAUAACAGUGAUAUCUCUAGUGAGGAGAAUGUUUAUGUUAUUUCCAUCCUUGGGUUAGGGGGGUUGGGAAAGACAACUCUUUCUAAAUUAGUGUAUAAUGAUAGGAUGGUAGAGGAGAAUUUUCAAAUGAAAAUGUGGGUAUGUGUUUCAGAAAACUUUGAUAUCCGAACAUUAAUUCGUGGCAUUAUCAAUGCUGCAAUUGGACAAAAAUGUGAGGAUGAAAGUUUGGACCUUAUGAAAAAAAGGUUGCAAAAUACUUUUAGAGAUAGAAAGUUUUUGUUAGUGUUGGAUGAUGUCUGGGAUACGGAGUUGAUUGGAAUAACGAUUGAAAAAUGGAAUGAUCUAAAAGGCUUGUUAAAUGUGGGAGCUAAUGGAAGUAAAAUCAUCAUAACAACACGACAUGGAUCAGUUGCUUCACUUGUGAAUCCCGUAUACAUGCACCCCUUAGAAGGUCUUCCCCACAAAGACUGCAUCUCCUUGUUCAUCAAAAGGGCAUUUAAAAGAGGAGGAGAGGAGCAGCGCUAUCAACAUUUGAUAGAAAUUGGUGAGGAUAUUGUGAAGAAGUGUGGAGGAGUUCCUUUAGCAGUAGCUACUGUAGGGAGCAUGCUCUAUUUGAAUAGAGAGCGACACCAUUGGUUGUGUGUCAGAGAUGAUGAUAUGUGGAGUAUAGGAAAUGACAAUAUUUUAUCUGCACUCAAAUUGAGCUACGAUGCAUUGCCACGACACUUGAAACCAUGUUUUGCAUUUUGUUCACUUUUCCCAAAGGACUAUGAAUUCAAUAGUGAAAUGUUGAUUCCAUUGUGGAUGGCACAAGGCUACCUCAAGACAUCUAAGAAAAAUGAAGAUUUGGAUCAGAUGGGUAUAGACUAUAUAAGGCAGUGUUGCUCUAGGUCUUUGUUUCAAGUUGAUAUGGAUCUCAAAACAUUUAUAAGUUUUAAAAUACAUGAUCUACUACAUGAUUUAGCGAUUUUGGUGGCACAAGUAGAGUACUCCACAGUCAAUUUCCGUCCUUCUAGUGCUUUUGAAAUGGUUCGACAUAUGUCAAUAUCCAAAAAUGACUUGCUUGGAGAAGAGGCACAAGUUCCUGAUUUCAUGCUCAAGUCAAAGAAAUUGCGAACCAUUCGAAUUACUAGAGAUGGCGAGAUGAAUCAACAUUUUGUGAAGACAUGCAUCUCGAGGUUCAAAUAUAUGCGGGUGUUAGAUAUCGGUGGGUCGCCUCUCGAGGAGCUACCAAGUUCCAUUGGUAGUUUGUUUCAUUUGAGAUUCCUCGACUUGUCUGGUAAUAGGAAUAUAAAAAGGCUUCCCAAUUCCAUCAGUAAGCUACUGAAUAUGGAGACCUUGUCCCUUGAGAAUUGCGACGCACUUGAAGAGAUACCCAAGGACAUAGGGAACCUGAUUAACCUACGAAGCUUGACGAUAACAACCCAACAGACCUAUUUGCCAAAAGGAAUUAGACGCCUCACCUCACUUCAAUCUUUAAGUUUUGUUGGAUGUGUCAAUCUUAAAUCUUUGGGCGAAGAGAUCCAAUUCCUCAACAACCUUCGUAAACUGGCGAUUUGCAGUUGUGAUAAGUUGGAAUCCUUGCCACCAAAUAUGAAACACAUGACUGCUUUAGAUACUUUGGGUGUCGGUGAUUGCGAGAAGCUUCAGUUGAUGAGAUCAGGGGAAGGUCCUCGAGGUCUUCGAUCAUUGAUUAUCGAGAAUUCAAGUUUGGAGGCUUUGCCCCCUUGGCUCAUUGAAGAUUCUGCAGACACUCUACAGAGCAUAUAUCUUGGUGGAUGUCAUAAUCUCACGGCACUACCGGAGUUGAUAAAGUUCACAUUCCUCGAGGAACUACACAUUGAAGUAUGCUCCAAAUUGUCGGCUUUGCUGCCGCAAGGUUUGCAUUGCCUUACUGAGUUGAGAGAAUUGAAGAUUGAAGGGUGUCCUGAAUUGAGCAAAAGCUGCAAAAGGCAAUUAAAAGGUGAGGAGUGGUCAAAGAUGGCACGUCAGGUCAAGAUUACACUCGACGACUCUGAUGAUGAAGCUGACAAUCGCUUGGCCGACGGUAGGAUCGCGUACCUCACUUUGAGACGACGCCGUUAGUGACCUCAAUUCCUCGUCUCCAGGUAGAGAUGAGUGCUCUGUUCAGUUUCUCAUGAAAUCUUUCCUGCAUUUGAAAAUUGGGUGAGGUUUAUGGUGUUAGGAGUACAAUUACAGCUUCUACUGUUCUAUAUAUUGUGUAUGUUACUGUCCUAUAUCAGCAGAACCUAGCUUAGAUCACCACUUCUUUCCUUGAGUCAACUGUAACUUUCAGAAGAAAUUAAUACAGGAUUUGGCUUCCUGAAACUGCAUAAAGCAGAACGCAGAAAGUACUAUAUGAGUAGUAUCCCUGCUGGGUUUGGAAUCAGGUCAGAGGAAGAAGAAGGUCGCUAGCUAAAAGUUGUACUCUGUGGAGAGCUUCAGGUGGCUCAAGGAGACCUGUGAUAGAGUGGUCUAUGCCCGCUUGCAUUGGGUGAGUUUUUUGGGGUACAGCAGCCGACUGCAUUGUAACUACUGGAUUUUCGAAAGCAUUGGAGUUGAAUUAGAAUUUACCUGAUUUCAGGAAAGAGAUCCAUCUACUGAUUCCAGACAUCUUUCCAAUGCCUAUUGAACAAGCAAGGAGGAAAACUAGCUGCUUGGGAAUAUCCAUUUGUUCCAAUCAGGGUGCUUCAAAAUGAAGAAGUUCUGCACUGCUGUAUUGUUCGAGCUUGGAGCAGCUUGGAUUGGUCAAAGAUGGCAUGUCAGGCGAAGAUUACACUCGACUCUUAUGUGGAUACUGAUGAUGAAGAAGACGAUGAUGAAGGUACACCAAUGAUCGACUGAAGAUGAAGAAGAUGAAGGUCAAGAAGGAGCUUUCAAUGACAAUACCAAAUCAACUGAUACCUAGGCUUUACAGCUAAAGCAUGCGUGCCACCAUUGGAGGUGCUUCAAAAUGAAGAAGUCCUGCACUGCUGUAUUAUUUACUUGUUUUACGCUUGGAUCAUGUUCGAGCUUGGAAUUAGAGAGAUGUUGAUGAACUCAAAAGUUGUGUGAUAAAGCAAUGAGAUUGUUCGAGUAGCUUCAUUUGUGAUGGUGUGAUUUUACUGUAUGAUAAGGCAUAAGCAAGAAUGUUUCAAAAAACUUGAGAAAUGUAUAGUCGAAUUUGAAGCUGAUCAAACUUUCAAUUAUUAUAAUCAUCUGUGGAAGGCAGCCAAGCUUUGAAGCGAAA